AUGGCCGACAAACUCCGCGCGACCCAACAACUAGAGCAACUCCAAGCCCGCUACGUCGGUACCGGCCACGCCGACACCACAAAAUUCGAAUGGGUUUCAAACGUGCAUAGAGAUACCUAUGCGAGUUAUAUCGGACAUCCGCCGUUGCUGGAAUACAUGAGUGUUGCGACGGGCGAGCCGAUGGCGAAAAUGAGGACGAAGUUUAUCGAGAAAAUGAUUCAGCCGGUUGGAAAGCCACCGGAGAAGGAGGAUUAG